AAAUUAAAUAUACGCCAAAUAAGUAAUUAUUUAUAAAUAAUUGUUAUAUAGUAGCGUACUACACACUCAUAAGAAAUUUAAAUCAAUGGUAGAAAAAAUAAUUUGUACGCUAUUUAAAAAAAAUGAAUCCCAGCCAACGAAACAAAGUUAUAUACCUUUCUUUAAAGUAUCUGAAUAUUGAUGAUCUUCAAAAGUUAGGUCAAGUUUCAAGAUAUUGGUAUAAUGUCACAAAAUCGGUAAAAUUAAUGAGAGAUACUACAAGUUGUAUCGUAGAUGAAUUAAAAUUCAAUCAGCAUUUACGAUGGAUUUUUACAGAUAGACACAAUACAAACCAUUUUAACAAAAUACCUUGCUUACAAAUAUGUUUUACAAAUGAUAAAAAUGACGAAAAUUUACAAAGUGGGUGUCUUAGCAGCAUUAAACCAUUUCAUAGCUUCACAAUAAAUUUGAAAAGUUAUUAUAAUAUACGACACGGAGAAGAGAUAAAUCCUAUCAGGCCGAUUACUAUCCCUGUUGAAUACUUCACUGAAUUAACAACAUUCUCUUUUAUUGAUCAUAGUAGGGAAAAUGAAUAUUCGAAUGAACAAAUAUACUUAAAUUACGUUAAUGACAAAAUGAACAUACAUACUUUGUAUAGUAAAUUUGUCCAAUUUUGCCGGUUUUGUAAUCCUAAGUCAAUUGUUAUAAUUAUAUUUUGCCAAAGUUGUUAUUUUUUAGAAUUUUUGGAUCUAAUGUAUGCUGUAUCCAGACGCAUUGCAAUGUUUGAAAUAACUAUUUGGGCUGUUACAAUAGAUGCACUAUCAAUUUGUCGAUUCAGUUUAAAUAAGCAUUAUUGUAGAAUUGAUAACAAGUUCUUAUUUAUUAUCAUAAAUAAUCCAAAAUUAAAAACCUACGUGGGAUUUUUAGAUGAAAAUUGCAACAACGCGCAUAAAAUUGAAACUGAAUUAAGAAAAAUAAAAAGUAAAAUAGAAUUAUCGUCAAAUUCUAUAGCUCUUAUGCAUGUUUCUUAUUCUCGUUUAAAAGAAUUUUAUGCAUUAGACACAUCUAUAUUUAGAGAAGUUUUUCCAAAUAUUAUUUCAGCUAUUCUUACUGGACGUAAACGAGCUACUAUGGAAAAUAUAAAUCAAUUGACUAGUUUCAUAUUACUAUCACAGGAUAAUAGUAAGGAAUAA